UGUUCUUGUCUGUGUGGGUCUGACCCCAUCUGGGAUGGUCAGAGGAUAAAGGGCCAAAAAAAGGCAGUGCUUCUCUGUGCUGAGCAGUGGUGGUGCAGGCGUAGGACGCCUCUGUGGGCUCUGCAGCUCUGUGAGUGUGAGGGGUUGACAGCAGCUCCAGGUGUGCAAAACCCAGCCCAGGGCCUCCAGCCCUCUCAGCCCGGAAGCUCUCAGGGCAGGAUGUCCCCGUGGUGGCUGCGAUUCCUGGUUCCCUUCCUGGAGGUGCAGUCAUCUGAAUCAACACGUCACCGCGUGGCAGCGGCCGCUCCCAGGGCCAGGUGAGCUGAGAGCUCCGGGUAAGAGGGGCAGAGUGUCCCCUGUUCUCCCCUGAGGCCAUGCUCCGAGUCGGGCUGUUGCUGUACCCCUCACUUUUGGCACCUCUGUUCUUUAUCCCCAGGUGGGGAUGACGACGCUCACACGUCGGGGAUGGCGUGGGGACAAAAGGACUGAGCCUGAGGAGGACGUGGCUGCGGACAGGGAGCUGCCUGAUGAUGACUCUGACAACUCCAAAGCCCCCCGCCUCACACUGAUGGAGGAGGUGCUGCUCCUGGGGCUGCAGGAUAAGGAGGGCUACCCAUCCUUCUGGAACGACUGCCUGUCCCCUGGUCUGCGUGGUGGCAUCCUCAUCGAGCUGGCACUGCGGGGCCGCAUCCAUCUGGAGCCACUCACAGCCAGGAAGAAGCGGCUGCUGGACAGGAAGGUGCUGCUGAAGUCGGCUGCUCCCACUGGUGAUGUCCUCCUGGAUGAGACCCUCCGGCACAUCAAAGCCUCUGAGUCCAUGGAAACGGUGCAGACCUGGAUAGAGCUGCUCACAGGUGAGACCUGGAACCCCUUCAAGCUGCAGUAUCAGCUGCGGAACGUGCGUGAGCGUGUCGCCAAGGGCCUGGUGGAGAAGGGGAUCCUCACCACGGGGAAGCAGAGCUUCCUGCUCUUCGACAUGACCACCCACCCCAUCUGUGACACCACUGAGAAGCAACGCCUGCUGAGGAAGCUGCAGGACAGCUUGUUGGAGCGCUGGACGGGAGACCCGCGCCGCAUGGACCGCAGGCUGCUGGCGCUGCUGGUGCUGGCCCACGCCUCGGAUGUGCUGGAGAAGGCUUUGGGCGGCCUGGAGGACACACAGUAUGAAAUGGCCAUGAGCAGAGUCAGGGAUGUGCUGGAGGCCGAUGCGGAGCUGGAGGCAGCCCAGGGCAAAGGGACAGAGGUGAUCUGGGCUGUGCUGGCGGCCUUCAACCGGGCCUAGGUCCUAUGGUGGGCUCAGGGGAGGUGGCCGAGUGCUGUGGGUCCACACGUGGAGCUGCAAGCAGAGCCUCCUCCUCCACCCUGCCGUAUUGGGAUUGGGACCUGGUGCCUUUGUUGGGGCUGUGGGUGCUGGGGGGGAGCUCAAGGGUUUGUGUCAGAGAGAAAGGGAAAAGUUUACAGUGUUUUUUUA